AUUACAUCCUCUCCUUCAAAAUUCGAAGUUUUUCAGAUAAGAAGAAGAAGAAGAAAAUGGCUUCAAUCUUGGGAUUUUCGACUCCUUUAUUUUGCAAAUCCAUAUCCCCUUCCUUAUCUUGUUCUUCUUCGCCCAAAAUUACAGUUCACCUCCGAAACCAUGGCGGCGGUGUUGCUCUCGAUAACCCAAUUGUUUCUGUUCAAAAGAAAUUCCGUAGAGAUAGAAAGUUUGUUCCUUGUUCGGUUUCCGAAGAAACCCAAGUCCCAGAAGAAGCAGCAGAAGCAGAAGCAUCGGUUGUCGUUCCGGUCUCGCCUUCCGACGUUCUCACAAUGUUCUUUCAGGCUGAUGGAAUGAUGAAUGAAGCAUUGAUUCCUGCUAUUUCCGGGGCUCUACAAGAGACAGAUGGAAUUAGCAAUUUGGAAGUGAAAGUUGUGGAAGGAAUUGCUAGCAUCGAGCUGAAGAAACAGACAACUUUACAAGCUACAGGUGUAGCUUCGAGUUUGGUUGAAAUCAUACAAGGAAAAGGAUUUAAGCUGCAGACUCUGAACCUCAGUUUUGAAGAUGAAGAUGUAGUAGCUUGAUUAGGAUCCUUUCUUUCAUUGCAUUGUUAUCGGCUAAUCUUUCAAGUUCAAGUCUUAUAUAUUUAAGAGCAAUUCAUUUCCUUUCAA